CGGCAGCCUUUCCGCCUGGGUGGUGCAGUGGGGCCGCAGACGCGGGAAGGGACGCAGUGGGUGCCCUUAGGAAUUGCACGUACCGAUACAUCAGUGGACUGUCAAAUGCGCUGCAAAACAAACGUGGAAUACGUGCAAGGCAAGCGCAUGCUUGUACCCAUACACCAACCCACCGCCUGUGCCCCGCCAUGGAGCCCAAGGAACGGGAGGAGGGCCCAAAUUUUCUGCCAGCAAUUUUUUGGAAACCCCCACCAGUACUUCACGAUAGUACCGUACUUCCAUACUCCCAUAAUUUGUGUACUUCCCUCGCGAUCGAACUGCCCACACCGGCCGAGUUUGUCUUUCUCACGCCACGGCGCACCGAUACACGAUCAAUCUCAGUCAGCAACCAUGGGCGAUUCCGGGCCAAAAGCAGGCCUUGAGCCGAGCGAGCGCACGGCGAUCGGCAUCACGUUCGGCAACUCCAACAGCUCGAUCGCGCAUGUAGUGGACGACAAGGCCGAGGUCAUUGCGAACGAGGACGGCGACCGCCAGAUACCGACCAUCCUCUCGUACGUCGACGGCGACGAGUACUACGGCCAGCAGGCCAAGAACUUCCUCGUCAGGAACCCGACCAACACGGUCGCCUACUUCCGCGACUUCCUCGGGAAAGAGUUCAAGUCGAUCGACCCCACGCACAGCCACGCCUCGGCCCACCCGCAAGAAGCCGGCGAGACCGUCUCGUUCACGGUCAAGGACAAGGAGGGCGAGGAGGCGGCCCCGUCGACGCUGUCCGUCUCCGAGGUCACCACCCGCUACCUGCGCCGCCUGGUCAACUCGGCCUCCGAGUACCUCGGCAAGAAGGUCACGUCCGCCGUCAUCACCGUCCCCACCAAUUUCAACGACAAGCAAAAAGCCGCCCUGGUUGCCGCCGCAGCCGCCGCCGACCUCGAGGUGCUGCAGCUAAUUAGCGAGCCCGUCGCCGCCGUGCUCGCUUAUGAUGGGCGGCCCCAGGCCAAGAUCGAGGACAAGAUCAUCGUGGUGGCCGAGCUCGGCGGCACGCGGUCCGACGUGGCCGUCGUCGCCAGCCGCGGCGGCAUGUACACCAUCCUCGCGACGGUCCACGACUACGAGUAUGGCGGCGUGGCCCUGGACAAGGUGCUGAUGGACCACUUCGCCAAGGAGUUCAUGAAGAAGAACGCCGGCGCCGGCGACCCGCGCGAGAACGCCAGGAGCCUGGCCAAGCUGCGGCUCGAGGCCGAGUCGACCAAGAAGGCGCUGAGCCUGGGCACCAACGCGAGCUUCAGCGUCGAGAGCCUAAUCGGCGGCGUCGACUUCGCCAGCACCAUCAACCGGCUGCGGUACGAGACCAUCGCCCGCACUGUCUUCGAGGGCUUCAACCGGCUCGUCGAGUCGGCCGUCAAGAAGGCCGGCCUGGACGUGCUGGACGUCGACGAGGUGAUCCUGUCGGGCGGCACCGCCCACACGCCGCGCAUCGCCGCCAACUUCCGCUCCAUCUUCCCGCCGUCCACGAGGAUAUUGGCGCCCUCGACCUACGCGUCGGCCAUCAACCCGUCCGAGCUGCAGGCCCGCGGCGCCGCCCUGCAGGCCAGCCUGAUCCAGGAGUACGAGGCCGAGGACAUCGACCAGUCGACGCACGCCGCCGUCACGACGGUGCCGCACACCACCAACGCCAUCGGCGUCAUCGCGCUCGGCGGCGACACCGCCGCCGACGAGGUCUUCGUCCCCGUCGUGCCGCCCGAGACCGCCGUGCCCGCCCGCCGCACCGUGCACCUGUCGGCGCCCGGCGGCGGCGACGUGCUGGUUCGCGUCGUCGAGGGCAACACACACAUCAAGGUGACGAAGCCGGAGCCCAAGGCCAAGGAGAACGGCGACGCCAAGGCGGCCAAGGCGGAGGACGCCGACGAGGAGGACGACAGCGACUUCUCGGAGGACGAAGACGAGGAAGAAGAGGAGGAGGAGAAGCGGGAAAAGGUCUGGAAGAUCGGGGCGACGCUCGCCGAGGCCGGCCUCAAGGGCGUCAGCAAGGGCGCCAAGGUCGAGGUCUCCAUCACGGUGAACGCGGACCUCUCGGUCAUCGUGACGGCGCGGGAGGUCAGCGGCAAGGGCGGCGUGCGGGGGACACUGCCGAGUGCAUAGGAGGCACCUGCGGCU